AUGACAAUGGACGCUCUGCAGCUAGCAAACACUGCCUUUGCAGUUGAUAUGUUCAAAAAGCUAUGUGAGAAGGACAAAACAGCCAAUAUUAUUUUUUCCCCACUGUGUACAUCAACAUCUCUGGCUCUGGCAUAUAAGGCUACGAAAGGUGAUACUGCAGAGCAGAUUAAACAGGUGCUCCAUUUACAAGAUGUCAAAGAUGUUUCUUUUGGGUUUCAAACAAUAACUUCAGAUGUUUCCAAACUCAGCUCUUUCUUUGCACUGAAAAUGGUUAAAAGGCUCUUUGUAGACAAAUCUCUCAAUCCUACCACAGACUUUGUCAACUCCACAAAGAGACCUUUUCCAUCUGAACUGGAAUUAGUGGAGUUCAAAGAAAAAACUGAGGAAACCCGAGAAAAGAUCAACAAAUCCCUUUCAGAGCUGACUGAUGGAAAAAUGGAGAACGUUUUGAAUGAGGAUAGUGUAAGUGACCAGACUCAGAUCCUUCUAGUUAAUGCAGCUUAUUUUGUCACAAACUGGAUGAAGAAGUUCCCAGAGGCAGAGAUCAAAGAAUGUCCUUUUAAAGUCAACAAGACUGAGACUAAGCCAGUGCAAAUGAUGAAUCUGGAAGCUACUUUUUGCCUGGGUUAUGUAAAAGAUUUAAAUGUUGCCAUCCUUGAGCUCCCAUGCCUUAACAAACAUAUAAGCAUGCUCAUUCUCCUGCCCAAAGAGAUUGAAGACGAGACCACUGGCUUGGAGAAGCUGGAAAAGGCACUGACCCCUGAGACAUUAUUACAGUGGACGAAUCCCAGCAUGAUGGCCAACACCAAAGUGAAUGUAUUUCUUCCAAAGUUUAGUGUGGAAGGUGACUAUGAUCUGAAGCCACUUCUGGAAAGCCUGGGAAUGACAAAUAUCUUCAACGAAAGCGCAUCAGAUUUCUCUGAGAUGUGUGAGACAAAAGGUGUGGUUGUGUCAAGGGUCAUCCAUAAAGUCUCCUUGGAAGUAAAUGAACAAGGUGGCGACUCCCGAGAGGUACCUGGAUAUCGGAUUCUGCAACACAAAGAUGAAUUUAAAGCUGACCAUCCAUUUAUCUUUUUGUUUAGACACAACAAAACUCGCAACGUGAUCCUUUCAGGCCGAUUCUGUUCUCCUUAA